ACACCGCACCUCCUUGUGCGAGACACACACCGUUUGCGGCCUUCUCCUCCCCCACCCACUGGCCUACCGCCCUCACCGCCAGAGUCGCAGCGCACGCACCCAAACCCUUGGGCCUUGGCAAUGGAGGAAAAAGAUUCGUCGGCCCUCCAACGAGAAGAAGAGAAGGAGAAGAAGGAAAGCUUGGUGGUGAUUCUGGUGGGACCCCCAGGCAGCGGCAAGACCACCUUCUGUAACGAUGUCAUGAGCUCCACCCGCCGUUGCUGGGUUCGGAUCUGCCAGGAUACUAUUGCAAGUGGAAAAGCUGGAACAAAAUCACAGUGCUUAAAGAGUGCAGCUGAUGCACUGAAGGAUGGUAAAAGUGUUUUCAUUGAUAGAUGCAACUUGGAGAGAGAUCAGCGUGCUGAUUUUCUGAAGCUUGGUGGAGCACAAGCAGAUGUACAUGCAGUAGUCCUUGAUCUUCCUGCUCGGCUUUGUAUUUCCCGGUCAGUGAACCGGACAGGGCAUGAAGGGAACUUGCAAGGAGGAAAAGCUGCUGCUGUUGUUAAUCGCAUGCUACAAAAGAAAGAACUACCCCAGCUGAGUGAAGGAUUCUCUCGGAUUACAUUUUGUCAGAAUGAAAAUGAUGUUAAAAAUGCAGUCAAAACGUACAGUGCACUGGGUCCAUCUGAUACCCUUCCAUCUGGAGUGUUUGGCCAGAAGAGCAAGGAUGCAAAAGUCCAGCUUGGGAUAAUGAAAUUUCUGAAGAAAGUAGAUAUACAAGAGAAUAAAACAUCGGGCAAAUGUAAUGUGAUAGAUGACAAUAAUUCUCAAGAUUCUGUUCCAAGACAAGAAAGUUGUGGAAAAUAUUCAUGCUCCACGGAAGUUGAAGUGGAAAAUGAGGAUAAGAAGGGGAGUGACACUUUGGAGAAAUCUUCUGUUGGUGAUCUUUCCUUGAAUGAGGUUCAUACGCUAGCUUUCCCAUCCAUUUCAACAGCGGAUUUUCAAUUUGACCUUGAGAAGGCAUCAGACAUUAUAGUAGAGAGUGUUGCUGAUUUUUCGAGAAAGGUUGAUAAUGUCAGACUUGUUCUGGUCGACCUGAGUCACAAAUCAAAUAUCUUGUCUUUGGUUAGGGCUAAGGCUGCAGAAAGAAACAUUGACUCUAAGAAAUUCUUCACAUUUGUUGGAGAUAUUACUCAGCUGUACACAAAAGGAGGCCUACGUUGUAAUGUCAUUGCCAAUGCUGCCAACUGGCGGUUAAAACCUGGAGGUGGAGGGGUCAAUGCAGCCAUAUUCAAUGCAGCAGGCAAAUCACUGGAAACUGCAACCAAGGAAAGAGCUGAAACUCUGAGCCCAGGGAUCUCUGUUGCCAUCCCUCUUCCCUCAACUUCUCCCCUGUAUAGACGCGAAGGAGUUACCCAUGUCAUACAUGUUCUUGGACCAAACAUGAAUCCACAGAGACCAAACUGUCUUAAAAAUGACUAUGUCAAAGGAUGCAAGGUUCUUCGUGAUGCAUACUCAUCACUCUUUGAGAACUUUGCAUCUAUCUCAAAAUGCUGUCUUCAGAAGGAAGGCAAUGGAGAUUCUGGAUCUAAAUAUUCUGAUCCACAAAGAAAUCUCAUGGAAGGAACUACCAGUGAGCAGUUUCCACAGAGUGAUCAGAAGAUCAAACGAGAGGACUCUUAUGAUUUUGAGAGAAACAAAAGAUCCAAAGGAAUUCUAGCUGGAUCAGGUUCAAAGGACAAAUAUAAUAUGCAGCAUGACCAUGAUGGAUUUGCAAAGUCUGGAAUCCAUUCUGAUGCAUCAAAAUCCAAUGAUAGGGACAGAAAGACUGCUGUUGCUAUGAAAAGAACAUGGGGAUCUUGGGCCCAAGCUCUUUAUGAGAUUGCCAUGCAUCCUGAAAAGAAGCACAAGAAUGCUGUCAUAGAGAAAUCAAAUGAAUAUGUUGUUUUAAAUGAUCUGUAUCCCAAGGCAAAAAAGCAUAUCCUGGUGCUUUCAAGAUUGCAUGGUCUCGACUGUCUUGCAGAUGUCCAGAAAGAACACCUUCCUUUGUUGAAACAAAUGCAUGCUGUGGGAGUGCAGUGGGCUGAAAAAUUCUUAAGUGAAGAUGCUUCUUUAGUAUUUAGACUUGGAUAUCAUUCAGUCCCAUCAAUGAGGCAAGUGCACCUUCAUCUUAUAAGCCAGGAUUUUGACUCGGCACACUUGAAGAACAAAAAGCACUGGAACUCUUUUAAUACCGCCUUUUUUCGUGAUUCUACUGACGCAAUAGAGGAAAUUGAUAAGUAUGGAGCAGCAAAGAUAAAUGAUGAGGAGAAGUUGUUGACAAUGGAGUUACGCUGCCACAGAUGUCGGAGUGCACAUCCUAACAUCCCAAGGCUUAAAUCCCAUCUUGCUAAUUGCAAAGCUUCCUUUCCCUCUCAUCUUCUCCACAAUGGCCGACUUGUGUCAGCUUCGUCAAAAACUGUAAGUGAAAAACCUUGAACUGGGACGUUGGAGUUUUCAGUAUCGUGCCAUGGUUUUGUUUGUGGAUAUUGCGCUGUAGGUAUAUGACAAUGAAAUGAAACAAAAAUCCUCUGGAUAAGGAAAAUUUUCUGGCUAUUUUCUGUCCGAUUU